CUCAGAGGUCUCGGUAGUGUGUCUGCUCUAUGGGCCCCAUGAUGCGGAAGCAACGCCGAUCAUCCAGCACCUACAAGUCUCUGUUCAGGGUGAAACACGCCCCUUCUUCAACACUCAACAGCAGCUUGGGACACGGUCGGUCCAGUAAACACAGGGCGACAGGUUCUCGUUGUGACCGUUAACUAUGGAUUCCGACAACGAAAGAGUUGCAAUGAGGAAGAAGAAUGAAGAAGCCAGAAGACGAGAACGUCAAGCAGGUACAAGCACGCAUGAUUAUGAUGUUGAAGCUUUGGAGAAUUCCGACUCUGACAUUGGCUUGUGUGGCUGGCUGUUGGUCUCGCUCUCCAUUCUUCUUAUGCUGGUUACUCUGCCCAUCUCCAUAUGGAUGUGUAUUAAGAUUGUGAAGGAGUACGAGCGAGCCAUUAUCUUUCGCUUGGGGCGCAUUUUGCGAGGGGGAGCCAAAGGUCCAGGGCUGUUCUUUAUCUUGCCGUGCACCGACAGCUUUAUAAACGUGGACAUGCGCACCAUCACCUUCGACAUCCCACCGCAAGAGGUUUUGACCAAAGACUCUGUCACAGUGAGUGUUGAUGGUGUGGUGUACUACCGGGUCCAGAAUGCUACUCUGGCUGUGGCUAACAUCACUAAUGCAGAUGCUGCUACACGGCUGUUGGCCCAGACCACCCUGAGGAACGUCCUGGGUACCAAGAACCUGUCAGAGAUCCUGUCUGAUCGUGAAGAAAUCGCACACAGUAUGCAGUCCACUCUGGAUGAUGCUACAGACGACUGGGGGAUCAAGGUGGAGCGGGUGGAGAUCAAAGACGUCAAGCUGCCCAUUCAGCUCCAGAGAGCCAUGGCUGCUGAGGCUGAGGCCACCCGUGAGGCCAGAGCCAAGGUGAUCGCAGCGGAGGGAGAGAUGAAUGCGUCGCGGGCGCUGAAGGAGGCCUCCCUGGUGAUUUCCGAGUCUCCGUCAGCCCUGCAGCUGCGUUACCUUCAGACCCUCAACACCAUCGCUGCCGAGAAAAACUCCACCAUCAUUUUCCCGCUGCCGAUGGAGAUGAUGCAGGGCUUCAUGAAAAACUGAGUAGGAGUCUCAAAUCACAGCGUUGCACAUGCACACACACUCAACACAACACCCAUGACACACACAAACAUAUUUAGGCCUCUCUAUUUCUAUUAAGCAUGUCUCUUUGAACCAGCAAUGCUAAGGUAACACUGAAGAAGUUGUGCUUGUGGCUCAUGUUGCACCGAGCUGUCCUCAAAGAACUUAUAUCGACUACCAUUAUAGCUUUUUAUCGCCUCGUCAUUGUUACACAUAACUUCUAUCUGUGGGCUUGAUGCUACGGUGUUUGUAUGCACAAAAUACAGCAUUAUGCCUUGUUAUCAACCGGUAUUGCUAACCGUGGCUAACCUGGCGAGAGCAAAUCCCACUGAACUAACAGUUAAUUCCCACUUGUUGUACUCUAACGUGGUCAACCUGGGUGUGACGUCAUCCCCAGGGCCGGCUUCCGACCCCCGAGGUGAAAGGAACGCGGCUGUAGUCUGCAUUCAAAAUAAAAAAAAAGAAAAAUGCAACACAAGCUAACUGACCAUGGCGUGGAUCAUCAGUUGGAUCCGUGGUUUACUUAAUUGCUAAUUGCCAUUUUGUUGUGAAAAGAAAACCCUUAUAGGUUAAUUAGACAGCUUAAGCAGAUGAGCAGAAAAUGAAAAUAUGAAAUGUAACUGAGCGUUGCUCAGAUCACUUUUUUUUUACAUCAUGUGCACUGAUCUGUUAGGCCGAACAGCCAAUCAGAAAGCCCGAUUCAGCGUUCUCAGUCAACUGAACGGCUGCAGAGUAGGGUCAACUACAACCAACGGUGCCAGAUUCUACAGCGGUCAGCUCGGUGUGUCGCCAAGAACUGUGUAUGAGAUUUAACUAUAGACAGAAGCUUUUACCUAGCCGGUUGAUUUCUCUCCGUUUGUGCUACAAAUGUAGAAAUCAGGCAAGGUAGAAGCAAGAAGCCCAACCCUUCUCCUCAUCCAUUUAACAAACAUUGUAAAGGAUGGAUGCUGGAUAUGUGGUCUUAACACCCCUCCCCCCCACCCUUUGCUUUACUGCAACCAAUGCCAGCGUCGUGGUGCUCUGAUCAUUUUUUACGAAAGUAUUUUCCUGCUAUCCAUAUGGGGGCUCUAUUGGCCUUAUUCCCAAUCCCUAAAACCAAACUACAUGUUUUUUUUUUUUUAGAUGUUAAACGAGAACUCCGGGCAAGUUUUACGUUAAUCUUGAUUGCU